AUGGGGUGGCACGAAACCAUAGAAUUGAGAAUAUUGGAUAGCCCCCCUUCAAAAAUCCCUUUGGAUAAUCUUAAGAAAUGCGUUGGUCAUGACGUCAUCUUCAAAACUGACUUCCGGGUGGAAACAGCUGGCGCGUGCUCUGGUUCAUGUCCAAUUACAGAUUGUGAUACUCCUGACGUCACAGACGCAGAAACGUUUGGAAAUUUGCGGCAGAUUGGAGAUGUCGUAAAACUGAAAUGUUUACAAGAUGGCAGCGUUAGUUACAAAGAGUGCCAAUCGGAUGGCCUUUGGUCCCAACAACCACCUUGUCCAUCUUCAGUUACCACGUGUGGCACUCCCGCUAACAUACCUAAUUCAGUGGUUACCUACAGUUCUUUAUCAAUCGGAUCUGCGGCACAAUACACAUGUUUGCCUGGAUUCACUAGUUCACCAGCGGGUGCCACGAUGUCGAUAACAUGUCUCACUGGAGGGCAGUGGGAACCUGUUAGCUUCAGUUGCCAACAAGUAGACUGUGGCUUGCCAGGAAACGUUGCCAAUGCGCAAAGAACAUACACUGGAACGACUGGAGGAUCUGUGGCGACAUUCUCCUGUAUUUCUGGUUACGAAGUAUCACCAACUGGUGCAUCGAUGGACGUUACUUGUCUAAACAGCGGUCAAUGGGAUUUGAUUGGUUUUACAUGUCAGCUAGUUGUCUGUGGUACGCCACCAGAUGUAACAAAUGCCCAAAAAGUAUUUUCGUCAUCAACUGUCGGCUCAAAUGUUACAUAUACUUGUGAUUCGGGUUAUACGGUUUCUCCAGUAAGCAGCCCAUUGUCAUUUGUUUGUCUAAAUACAGGACAAUGGGAAAGUAUUGGUUUUACAUGUCAACAAGUAAAUUGUGGUGCGCCAUUGGAUGUAGCCAAUGCUCAAAAAGUAUAUUCGUCAUCAACUGUCGGCUCAACUGUUACAUAUACUUGUGAUUCCGGUUUUACGGUUUCUCCAGUAAGCAGUCCAUUGACCAUUGUUUGUCUAAAUACAGGACAAUGGGAAAGCAUUGGUUUUACAUGUCAACAAAUCAGUUGUGGUACUCCAUUGGAUGUAGCCAAUGCUCAAAAAGUAUAUUCGUCAGCAACUGUCGGCUCAACUGUUACAUAUACUUGUGAUUCAGGUUUUACGGUUUCUCCAGUAAGCAGUCCACUGUCCUUUGUUUGUCUAAAUACAGGACAAUGGGAAACCAUUGCUUUUACAUGUCAACAAGUAAAUUGUGGUACACCAUUGAAUGUUGCCAACGCUCAAAAAGUAUUUUCGGCAACAACUGUGGGCUCAACUGUUACAUAUACUUGUGAUUCCGGUUUUAUGGUUUCUCCAGUAAGUAGUCCAUUGUCCUUUGUUUGUCUAAAUACAGGACAAUGGGAAACCAUUGCUUUUACAUGUCAACAAGUAAAUUGUGGUACACCAUUGAAUGUUGCCAACGCUCAAAAAGUAUUUUCAGCAACAACUGUGGGCUCAACUGUUACAUAUACUUGUGACCCGAGUUAUGCGGUUUCUCCAGUAAACAGCCCAUUGUCAUUUGCUUGUCUAAAUACAGGACAAUGGGAAAGUAUUGGUUUUACAUGUCAACAAGUAAAUUGUGGUGCGCCAUUGGAUGUAGCCAAUGCUCAAAAAGUAUAUUCGUCAUCAACUGUCGGCUCAACUGUUACAUAUACUUGUGAUUCCGGUUUUAUGGUUUCUCCAGUAAGUAGUCCAUUGUCCUUUGUUUGUCUUAAUACAGGACAAUGGGAAACCAUUGGUUUUACAUGUCAACAAAUCAGCUGUGGUACUCCAUUGGAUGUAGCCAAUGCUCAAAAAGUAUUUUCGUCAACAACUGUCGGCUCAACUGUUACAUAUACUUGUGAUUCGGGUUUUACGGUUUCUCCAGUAAGCAGUCCAUUGUCCUUUGUUUGUCUAAAUACAGGACAAUGGGAAACCAUUGGUUUUACAUGUCAACAAAUCAGUUGUGGUACUCCAUUGGAUGUAGCCAAUGCUCAAAAAGUAUUUUCGUCAUCAACUGCCGGCUCAACUGUUACAUAUACUUGUAAUUCAGGUUUUACGGUUUCUCCAGUAAGCAGUCCAUUGUCCUUUGUUUGUCUAAAUACAGGACAAUGGGAAAGUAUUGGUUUUACAUGUCAACAAGUAAAUUGUGUUGCACCUUUGGAUGUAGCUUACGCUCAAAAAGUAUAUUCGUCAUCAACUGUCGGCUCAAUUGUUACAUAUACUUGUGAUUCCGGUUUUACGGUUUCUCCAGUAAGCAGUCCAUUGUCCUUUGUUUGUCUAAAUACAGGACAAUGGGAAACCGUUGCUUUUACAUGUCAACAAAUCAGUUGUGGUACUCCAUUGGAUGUAGCGAAUGCUCAAAAAGUAUUUUCGUCAUCAACUGUCGGCUCAAUUGUUACAUAUACUUGUGAUUCAGGUUUUACGGUUUCUCCAGUAAGCAGUCCAUUGUCCUUUGUUUGUCUAAAUACAGGACAAUGGGAAACCAUUGCUUUUACAUGUCAACAAAUCAGUUGUGGUACUCCAUUGGAUGUAGCCAAUGCUCAAAAAGUAUAUUCGUCAUCAGCUGUCGGCUCAACUGUUACAUAUACAUGUAAUUCGGGCUAUGCGGUUUCUCCAGUAAGCAGUCCAUUGUCCUUUGUUUGUCUAAAUACAGGACAAUGGGAAACCAUUGGUUUUACAUGUCAACAAGUAAAUUGCGGGACACCACCUCCUCUUUUCAAUGGACAACCUAGCUACAGUUCCACAUCUGUAGGGUCAGUUGCGCAAUACAGUUGUACCUCAGGUUUUCUUGUCGAGCCUAACGAUGCUGUAACAUCCGUGACAUGUCAACUGUCAGGGGAAUGGGAGACCGUUGAAUUUAGAUGUAUAGCGUCUGUUCAACCUGGUAGUAGUUGUAAUGUUGAUUCAGACUGCGUGGAUCCAGCACAAAGGUGUCUUUAUACAGGACUUUAUUCAAUAGGGAGCCGUUGCAUUUGUAAACCACUGUACGAAUUUAACCAAACGCUUACUGUGUGCAUAAAAGUUUGUGACAGCUAUACAUCUUUUGAAAGGUACGAGGGGCAAUAUAUCCGUAAGAACAAUGUGGGCGACAGCAGCGGCACCCCUUUGACAGAGUCAGAAUGUCUGGCGUUUUGUGCGAAUAAUUAUGGCAACCAAUAUCUGUCCGUAGACCAUAGGCAUGCCCGUCAAUAUGGAACAAACUGCUAUUGCGGAAGUGCCACGAGACGGCAAAUUCUCGACAGUAGUCCGGACCUACUGUAUGAUGACUCGCAAUAUACACUGUUCACUAGAACGUGUAACUAGAUCAGACGAUAGAAAUAAACUAAUCUAUAUGGCUAUCACAGAACGUAUAACUUGAUUAUUGACAAGAAAGGACAGAUAUUAACCAAUCUAUACGGCCGUUAGAACGUGUUACUUGAUUAUAAACAACAGCUAGAAGACAGAAAGUAACCAAUAUAUACGGCCAUCAGAACGUGUUACUUGAUUAUUGUGAUUAUUGACAACAAAGGUCAGAAAUUAAUCAAUCUAUACGGCCAUUAGAAAGUGUAACUUGAUAAUUGACAACAACUAAAAGACAGAAAUUAACCAAUCUAUACGGCAAUCGGAACGUGUUACUUGAUUAUUGACAACAACUUAAAUAUAAUUAUACAACCCAUUCGGAACUGUCUCGGCUAUUAUCUAUAAUAACCUCGGAAACAAUACGGAUUGAAAGUAGUUCUACCACGUGGUUUCAGAUGUAAACAGUAACAGAGAUAAUGUAAAACGAAUGUAUAUAUUUGACAUCUUAUGUCUGUUCCGGUAUUCUUAUGCUUGAAAAUAUGUCUGACAACAAUGUGUAAUUUAAAUAUACCCACUGAUGUUUAAUUUUAAACAAAUCCGACCAAAUGUCAACAGGUUGGUUUUUCGUACUUUCGGUUUCUACAACCAUAAUAAUAAAUUUAUAAAUAAUG